GAAGUUUCGAUGAGCGAACCUCGCGGCGGGUAGAUUUCUUCUUCAAACUUACGACCUGAAAGACGGAGGAGACCGAGACACAAUGCCCAGCCCCAGUUCGGUCGCCGAAUCUGAAGCAGCACCGCUACCCAGGCCCCGGUGCUUGACGUGUAAGCGCCGAAAGGUCAAAUGCACCGGGGGGCCCGAGCCGUGUGAGAACUGUCGUCGACUUAGACUCGGCUGUACGUUCAAUUACUCAGAGAUCAACCAGUCACCAGAUGUCCCAAAUCCACAAGGACUUUUAGCCCCGGCAGACACUCUAACCGAAGCCGGGACCAGACGCCGGCGCAUCGCGGCUGCAUGCACGGAGUGUCGCGUCCAGAAAGCCAAGUGCUCCGGUCACCGCCCGCAAUGCUUCCACUGCAAUCGGAGGAACCUAUCAUGUGUAUACCCAUCAUCGGCAUCAAGGCGCAAGAGUCGACAUAUUAGUGGACACCAGCAACAGUCUGCUUCUCCAGAAUCGAGCAGCACUUUCAGCCAGAGCGCCUCCUACGAGGCAGAUUCUACACUGCACCAACAGUACGGCGUGGGCAGGAUGUCUCUGAACACGGCCCUAGACCACACGCUCCUCAGUACGGACGUGAUCCGCCAGCAUCUUGAGGUGUAUUUUGACCACGUUUAUCCAAUAGGCCACGAUUUCUUUCAUCGGCCAUCCGUAAUGGAAGAAUUCUACGCCGGAAAGCUUCCGCCAAUACUCUGCACAUCAAUAUGCGCGACCGCAGCAAUGUUCGUCUCUCGCUCACGCGAGUCUCGAGUCCUGUCCGUUCAGUGGGCCAAAGAAGUAGACGCCUACAUCUUUGGCAACCUCAACGUUUUCAAAGUGCUCAAUAUUCAGCUGCUAAUCCUCUCCAUGUUUCAAAACUUCGCCUACAGGCAGUUUGGCAAGAUGUGGCUGCUUAUCAGCAUGGCCGCGAGGUUAGCAGUGUCAUUUCAGCUCAACGACGAGAAACCGGCGUCUGACAACGGGACCACAGCUGCACUAAUCAAGCGCGAGUGCGAGCGGCGUCUGGUGUGGCAUGUAUGGAGCAUGGACAAGAUGCUCUCGGCAGGUCUGGAUGAGUUCACCUCGUUGCCAGAUCGGUGGAUGAGGAUUUCGUUGCCAAAUUCGGAGCAUGCGUUUUGUCAUGGGCUGAUGAAGCCGACGGGCAGGCUUAGUGAUGGGGUAGAAGCGCUUGCAUCUCAUGAAGCUGGUCCUAAUGCCUACUUGAUAAUGCUCUUACCGCUUCGCUGUGAGAUACUGCGAUUGACAAAGAGAAUUGUUUUAGACAGCCACUCAGACCAUUCCCCAGCCGCAGUCUCCAAAGCAGUCACAACCAUGAUAGACCUACGAGACCGACUGAGGCUCUUCCUCAAGAACACACCAAAACACCUUCAACUCAGCGAACUCAACAUGUUUUCCCACUCAACCACAUCAGAGUUCUCGUCCUACCUGACACUCAACUCAUGGUACCUCCAGUGUGCCUGCGAUCUCUUCCGCGUCGCACUCCCAGCUGCGUAUAGGGAGAGCGCAUCGCCGAAAUUCCUCGCGAGCGCCCCGCCAGACUUUGUAUCUGAGUGGCGCGCUCUCGCGGUAUCACACGCUCUCCGACAGGCGAGAUUGUGGGAGCAUCUCCAGAAUCUUCGAGCCAGGGGCGCCCUGCAGUCAAAGCAGACGCGUAUUCCCCUCCGACUAGGGUAUGGCAGCAUGGUGCAUCAGUGCACCAAAACUAUCCUGACAGCAAGACGGUGCAAGCUCUACGACGAUCUAGUUGACCCGAUAACCGGCGAUACAGCAGUGCUCAAUGAUGAGGCAGUGGAGGCUUUAUGCCAUAGCAACAUCGCCUUGCUGGACGACAUGGCCAAGAUCGCCCCCAUCAUUGCGGUGCUACAGCAAGACGUGGAAAAGAUGGUUGAAGCCGACAAAGACAAAAGACAGAACGACGCAGAGACGCAAGAGCUCGCCCCAGUUAGUAGUGAGGUCCAGCGGAACAACUUGCUGAGCAGAUACCACCCACUUUCCCAGAGCUUCGACAGCAAUGCCAAGACAGCCGACGAAGUCGCGCUUCAACACUCCGAUCCUCCCCAACCGCCGUCAAUUCUUCAGACUUCAGAAACGUCGGAUUUGACGAUGCCGGACUCUGUCGACAUCUAUCCGGCUUCUCUAGCUAGCGCCGCUAAUCUCAAUGACAUUGGUUCCAGCCUGGAUGGACCGCUUACUUGGUCUGGCUUUGCAGAGAACCAACUGGCGCCAGAUUACUUUGUAGCUCCCUCGCAAUUCGAUAUGAGCGGUGAGCUAAGCUGGUUUCUAUCAGGCUACAUGGAUCCGGAUCCCGCCAAUGUUUGACGAAGCGAAGACGUGGAAAUAGCGGACUGGGUUGGAAUUUGGAAGAUAUAUGUACAUUUCGGAUUGAGUAGACCUAGAUGCCAUAUAAUAAAUAUUCAACAACG